AUGCUAGAGCUUCUAGUCCUGGAGGUGCUGCUAGUGUUGGAGGUGCUACUGGUGCUGGAGGUGCUAGAGGUACUACUGGAGGUACUGGAGCUGCUAGUGCUGGAGGUGCUGCAGGUGCUAGACGUGCCGGAGCUGCUAUCGCUGGAGGUGCUGCUGGUGCUGGAGAUACUAGAGGUACUACUGGAGGUGCUGCAUGUGCUGGAGGUGCUGGAGCUGCUAGUGCUGGAGGUGCUGGUGCUAGAAGUGCUGGAGCUGGAGGCACUAGAGCUGCUGGAGCUGCUGACGUCCCUGACUGAGCGUCGUGAGCCCGAGACUUGUGCUUCCACUCCUGUUCGUGCUCGUCGGGUCACUCGUCCUCGUCCUCCACCUGUCCCAGGCACACACGUUAUGACACUUCGACCUUCCUUUGUUCCACAGAGUGUUCCCCAGCUGUCUCCUCUGGCGUCCUCUCUUCCUCUUGUUCCUGACACUGCGUCAGACCUUGCUCGUGCUGCCAGUCCUACUGACAUUCGUCUCCUUGCUACAGUCAUCACUAACCCUGCGUUUAAGUCUACUGCUGCGUUUGCCCUAGUCACUGAGCUUGUCGACUUUGCUGCUCGCAGUCGUCUCGACUACGUCGCGAGUCUUGUUACUGAGUCUGAGUCUGUCUGUCCUCCGUCCAUUGGGGGUGAGCCUACCCUUGGCAGUGACGUCCUUAAGGACAGGCAGUUUGAGCUUGAGUGUCUUGCGGCUGUUUUACCUCGUUUUGCAUACGUGCUGCUUUGCCCUGAGGGAGACCCAAAUGCACUUGACAUCCCUACCCCGCGCACUUACGCUGAGGCGAUCGUGGGUGAGUACUCCUCUCAGUGGCAGACAGCCAUGGAUGCAGAGAUGGGUUCCUGGAAGUCCACAGGCACCUACCUCAACGAGGUUCCUCCUACUGGGGCGGACAUCGUCGAUGGCAUGUGGAUUUUCAGAGUGAAGCGGCCGUCGGGUUCUCUGCCUGUCUUCAAGGCGCGUAAUGUUGCUCGAGGCUUCAGACAGCCACAGGGGGUCGACUACUUCCAGACCUUCUUACCCACCCUGAAGAUGACUACUCUUCAAAUGUUGCUGCAUGUUACAGCACAGCGUGACUACGAGCUGCACUCCCUCGACUUCUCCACAGCUUUCUUGUAG